CCCCCCCCCCCCCCCCCCCCUGAGGCAUUUGUUCAAUGGAAGUAUGUUACCAGCUGCCGGUGCUGCCCCUGGACAGGCCGGUGCCCCAGCAUGUCCUGAGCCGCCGCGGUGCCAUCAGCUUCAGCUCCAGCUCUGCCCUGUUCGGAUGUCCUAACCCCCGGCAGCUCUCUCAGAGACGUGGGGCUAUUUCGUAUGACAGCUCUGACCAAACCGCUUUGUACAUUCGUAUGCUAGGCUCAUGUGUAAUUUUCAAACAGCUGAGUGCAAGAGAUGUCAGAGUAAGAAGCAGAGCUGGGUUUGAAUCAGAAAGACGAGGCUCUCAUCCUUACAUUGAUUUUCGUAUUUUGCACUCACAUUCAGAAAUUGAAAUCUCCUUGUCUGCAAGAAACAUCCGGAGGCUGUUAAGUUUUCAACGGUACCUAAGGUCUUCCCGAUUUUUCCGGGGUGUCGCUGCACAGAAUUCAUUGUACAUCUUGGAUGAUGAUUACAAUGGACAAGCCAAGUGUAUGCUGGAAAAAGUUGGGAACUGGAACUUUGAUAUAUUUCUUUUUGAUAGAUUGACGAAUGGAAACAGUCUGGUUACCCUCACCUUUCACCUCUUGAGUCAUAAUGGUCUAAUAGAUCACUUCCACUUGGAUAUGGUGAAACUGCGUAGGUUUUUAGUUAUGGUUCAAGAAGACUACCACAAUCAGAACCCAUAUCACAAUGCAGUGCACGCUGCUGAUGUGACUCAGGCCAUGUACUGUUAUUUAAAAGAACCCAAGCUUGCCAAGUCUCUCACUCCAUGGGAUGUCCUGUUGGGUUUACUCGCAGCUGCAACACAUGAUCUGGACCAUCCCGGUGUGAAUCAGUCUUUUUUAAUAAAAACAAACCACUACUUAGCAACUUUAUACAAGAAUACCUCAGUAUUAGAAAACCACCACUGGAGGUCGGCAGUGGGCUUAUUGCGAGAGUCUGGUUUGUUUGCACACAUGACUUUGGAGGAAAGGCUACACAUGGAAAGCCAGUUAGGAUCUAUUAUUCUUGCUACAGACAUCAGUCGACAAAAUGAAUACCUGUCGCAGUUCAGAACCCACCUGGACCGGGGCGACUUAUGUCUGGAAAAUGCUGGGCAUCGCCAUUUUAUUCUGCAGAUGGCUUUAAAGUGUGCAGACAUCUGUAACCCGUGCCGAACUUGGGAGCUCAGCAAGCAAUGGAGUGAGAAAGUGACAGAAGAAUUCUUCUACCAAGGGGAUGUGGAGAGGAAAUGUAAUCUGGAGAUCAGUCCUCUGUGCGAUCGGAACACCUCAAACAUCUCCAACAUCCAGAUUGGGUUCAUCACCUACCUGGUGGAGCCGUUGUUUGUGGAGUGGGCCCGAUUCAGCAACACAAGGCUGUCGCAGACCAUGCUGGGCCACGUGGGACUGAAUAAAGCCAGCUGGAAGGGAAUGCUGCAGGAGCGGUCCAGUAGUGAAGAGGCCGACCCUGCCUUUGAUGACUGACCUAUAUAUGUAUUUUUUAUUUUUUUUUAACCUCAGGAAGACUGCACACCAUGAACCUAGAGUAUGCAUCACAACGGCUCUUUAGUGGUAUUUUUAGCAAGUGAUCAGAAAAGGGUCUUGGUGCCAGAAUUUCUCCUGAUUGCCAAGGUUACGUUAAAAAAAAUAAAAAUAACUAAUGCCAGCAUUAUUUCUCUCCAAUUCUCCUUUUAACUUGCUCCAUAUUUUUUUUGCAAUUAUAUAUAUAUUUUUUUUUUUUCAUUUUUUUUAUACCCAGCCUGAACAUAGAGCAAUAUGCACAUACCUCAGUUGGUUUUGUUCUUUUCAAUGAAAGCUUGAAUAUGCAAAGCACAGCAACGACUGACCGAAAACUGCAGGAAGCUUUUCAUGUGCCACAGGUUUGGUGUUUUUAUUUUAGAUUAUUUUUUUUUUUUUAUUUGUCAAAGGAAACUUCUCCGUCUCAAAAUUUAUUCUAAUUGGAAGAUAUUUUUUCCAGCUACUGGUGGGAAUUUGCCAGAUUAAAGGACUUUGUGUUGACUUUUUGGAAAUGUGAAGUGCCCGCACUGCUCUGCUGCCUCGGCAAGAAAUGCUGUUUACAAAUCCACUGAAUAUACUGACUGACACUUGCCUUUAAGCAUGGUUGUGAAGGAGCCACUAACUGGAUCUUUUUUAUUUAUCUUUAUUUUUUUUGUAUGGUUAUUUAAGAAGAACAAAUGUUGACUGCAAUCCUUCCUCUCCCUCACACCGCCACUUAACUUCGUUUGGGAACUUUCCACGUUUUGCAAUAUUUUCAGUAGCAUACAGCCAAGACUCCAACUCCUUAAUGGCUGGAAGAUUUGGCAGCAUUUUUUUAUUUAUUUUUUAAGGCGGAAUGCAAGGACACUGUCCCGAUUGUUCUGCUAAGCUAUAGUGAAAUGCUUUGCAUGCUGUUUUUUUUUUUUUUUUUUUUUAAUUACCAUUUUCCACUACUGAACACUUGAACUGCACGGAAAAAGGUGGAAUUAAUGUAAACACCAUAUUCAGCUCAGGGUAUUUGCCAGUCUGAAAUAAAAGAGGGAAGGGAUUUUUUUUUAUUUUAUUUUUUGGUUCGGACAAGGGUACAAAUGCCUUUUUUUGCUGCAGUGUGCGUGUGAGUGACUGGAAUGAACCGCGUGUGAGUGUGUGCAUGCGAUUGGUUACAGGACUAUACCAUGGGUUUGGAAAGCCGCACACCAAACCUUUUUGCUGGACGACAAAUUUCCUGACCUUUAAGGCUAGGUCUACACAACGACAUUUGUCGCACGACACAUUUUAUAAUGGUAGUCUAUGUUUUUUUUUUUUUUCUGCGACUGUCGCGUUGCAGUGCAAAACCAUAAACUACCAUUAUAAAAAAAUGUUGCGCGACACAUGUCGUCAUGUAGACCUAGCCUAACAGUCCUGUACAGAUAGUGGGAGUUGUAGGUCAGCAAAAGCAAAGAUGUGCCCAGCUCACCAGUCCAUCUACUUGUCACAGAUAAAGGAUGAGUGAAAUGUAAUGAAUUGCUAAAAUGCCUUAAUCUAUGCACAAAGCUAAGUGACCAAACGUGUCGUGUUUUUAGUUUUAUUUUUUCUUUAUUUCCCCUCUGGGUUUUGUUUAUUUUGUGAACUAGUUUUGUGGGAUUUAGUUGUACAAGUUGUUUUUAGGACCAGUUGCAGGACUAAUUUUAAACUUUAAACAUUCCAUUAUUUUGUAAUUUGUUUUAAGUAUAGUGAGCACAACUGUUAUCUAGAGAAAAAAAAGAAAAAAAGAAAAAAAUCUGGUGCUUUUUUAGCUGAUUUGUAUUUUCCUUGGUAUUGCUGUUAAAGACUGUUUUAUCAUCUGUUUACAGUUUGUUGCAACAGACAUUUUUUGGGAGACGGCUUAAGCGUAAAGCCAUUUGUACUCGGCUUUGCCAUACUCAUUUUAAUACGUGCCUGUUGCUGUUCAGUUUUGAUGAAUAAAAAUUUUAAAAAGAA